UCUCUAGCGUACAGCCCCUGUGUUAUGAUCACGUGGGCUACCCGGGGCGCGCGGCUUGUUUUGGUUUUCCUUGAGCUUGCUCAGUGUAGCUUCGGUGAGCCGCUGUCCUUCCCCGGGUCCACCUCGGCCUGCAUCUUAGUUGAUCUUCGGGCUCCCUUGGCCCCCACUCUUAGAGCCUCGCGGGGUGGCGUCCUGUCAUGCCGCUGGUGCGCUACAGGAAGGUGGCCAUCCUGGGGUACCGCUCCGUAGGGAAGACAUCUUUGGCACAUCAAUUUGUGGAAGGCGAGUUCCUGGAAGGCUACGAUCCUACAGUGGAGAAUACUUACAGCAAGACAGUGACUCUUGGCAAAGAUGAGUUUCACCUACAUCUAGUGGACACAGCAGGGCAGGAUGAGUACAGCAUUCUGCCCUACUCGCUCAUCAUCGGGGUCCAUGGCUACGUGCUCGUGUACUCGGUCACUUCUCUGCGCAGCUUCCAAGUCGUUAAGAACCUGUAUCAAAAACUACACGAAGGCCAUGGUAAGACUCGGCUGCCCGUGCUGCUUGUGGGGAACAAGGCAGAUCUAUCUCCAGAGAGGGAGGUGCAGGCAGUUGAAGGGAAGAAGCUGGCAGAGUCCUGGGGUGCAACGUUUAUGGAAUCAUCUGCUCGGGAUAAUCAGCUAACUCAAGACAUCUUCAUCAAAGUCAUCCAGGAGAUUGCCCGUGUAGAGAACUCUUACGGCCGGCCGGACCGCCGAUGCUACCUUAUGUGAACCCUUGACAUGGAAUAACCCGCCCUGUUUCUGCCGCGGGCAUUGUCCAGCCUGCAGCAGUGGGGCAGACCCUCAGGACUUAACUGCUAUGGUUGCUGUGUCCCUCGUCCUCUGGGCACACAGUGUGGCACCCUCAUUUUUGCACACUCAUCCCAGGUUCUGGUAGCCUGGAUGUUAAUGUUUACAAAGGGGCAAGAUGUCUCAGGGACACUGGCUUCUAACGCUUGUUUGCUUGCUUCCUUCCUUUCUUUUUCUUUUCUUUUUCCUCCCGAGACAGGCUUUCUCUGUAUAGCCCUGGCUGUCCUGAAACUCACUGUGUAGACCAGGCUGGCCUCGAACUCAGAAAUGCCUGCCUCUGCCUCCCAAGUACUGGGAUCAAAGGCGUGCGCCACCAACUCCCAGCACACUUUGGUUUUCUAAAUAAAUUUUUAUAGUCUGUACAGUUGGGAUACGAGCCUUGGGCAUUGAUUUCCCAGGACCCACUCCUGGGUGGAUUUUAGGUGUUUGUUGGGUAAGGGUGUUGGUUGCUUGGUAUUUCUGAAGUAGAGCUGUCUGCUGGGGUAACAAUGUAUAUUUCCAAAUAAACUGAGAAAUUUUU